AGUGAGUAUGAAUCUGAUCGCUACCGUUGUAAAACUAGCAGUCGUAUUUUGCUACGUUAUUUCUGGAUACCAAACUCUAGGCAAAGAGUCUACGACAACCAAAGAUACAGUGGACUAUGGCGUCGACUCAAAUACUCCGGACUAUAUUGACUGCUCCUCCCAGUACUCUGGCCUUACUGGAACCGAUUUAAUCCCCUGUUUCAGUCUAAAUCGUGCAUCACCAGGAAGCUAUUGCCUUCAAGAGGAAAAUUUAGGCAGAGGAAAAGCAGACAAUUGUCACAGCUCACAACUUAAAGCUUGCUCUCUAAUCGGUAUUUACGUGAAGAGGGUAGGUCAAAAGCGAUCGUCUCUGAAAGUCGAUUGUCAUCUCAAAUGGACAGAAAGCGGAUACUGGCAACUGGAUGUAAAAGAUCAAGCCAGCUGCGGCGUCAUGUGUUUCAAGAAGACAAACAAAUAUGGUGAAAGUAACUUACAGGUACCACAGUUCGAAGCAAAUAACACAGUUGAUAUGGCAUCGCUACAGUACAUGGUACCUCGUCAACAGGGCAUAGGUCCAGAGGCAGACUCUAGAUGCUGGGUAUGCCUUGUUUCAGGAAUGAGCACAACAGUAUUCCAAAACAUUGUAAGAAAGGCUGGCUUCUGCAAAUUGUACGUAGACGAGACAAGGUGGGCGUUGGGUGGAUGGAGUGGAGAGACGUAUAAGGGCGACGUCAUUUCUACGUCUUGUCAGGGAUACUGCAUCAACGCUCCUCAGACGUUAGGUGUGUGCCCGUACGGAGUGUUUCUUAAGGGCUAUACGCAGACGGGAUUUGUUGGGAAGAAUACUGGCAACGAAAAGUUUGUGCACUGCUUUAUAUCUUAUGUGCACAUUGCAGCAGCUGGUACAAUAACGGGAGACAAUGGAUGUCAUUUGGAGCUUGACGGUGGCGCCUGGAAAAUGGUCAUAAAAUCUUCAAGCAAGACAAGAAUUGCUUGUGGAGUGCUCUGUCUCUGCAGUCCGAAUGAUGUCUAUGGAUGCAUUCCAUAUUACAAGAUAGCGCCACCAGCUCUUAUCAAUAAAGCAAACGCAAACAGUGAACAAACAUCAGUAGAUUUCUGCUAUUGGGCAGAUGUUAUAGUUGCCAUUUUUGUUCUUCUAUUUCUUAUAUUGAAAUUGAUUGCUCCAUACGUCAAACGCAAGGCAAACUAGCCAAUGUGGCCAAAAGACAGGCAUGAUAAAUUUUGCACGGUGCAGCUCUAUUGGUAUUAUUUGAAUAAUUUUUAUUGAACACUGUUUGCACAAAAUCAUGUAUGCUUUUCCGUUUUCUUCACAUCUAGUUUUGUCAACAUGUACUUUCUGGUAGAA